GGGUUUUAGUUGGACAGACCUUCCAGUGACAACGCCUUUCCGUCUUUGCGCGCCGCCGGCUGGGAAACUUCGGCUCUAACGGACCCAGAGCCCAAAGCUACUGGACUAUUUUAACUGAUGAGCUGCUGAAACUUCAACCCGACAGUCAAGAAAGUUGCUCGGAAAGAGAGAAAUGGGCUGCACAAUCAGCGCCGAGGACAAAGCUGCGGUGGAAAGGAGUAAAAUGAUUGACAAAAACCUGCGAGAAGACAGAGAGAAAUCCUCCAGAGAGGUGAAACUGCUUCUACUGGGUGCUGGGGAGUCUGGGAAAAGCACAAUAGUCAAGCAGAUGAAAAUCAUCCAUGAAGAUGGCUACUCAGAGGAGGAGUGCAAGCAGUACAAAGUGGUGGUAUAUAGCAACACCAUCCAGUCCAUCAUGGCCAUCAUCAAGGCGAUGGGCCAGCUCAACAUAGAUUUUGGGAAUGCUGCACGGGCGGAUGAUGCCCGCCAGCUGUUUCUCCUGGCGUGCACAGCAGACGAAGGUGUGAUGUCUGCGGAGCUGACCGGCGUGAUUCGAAGGUUGUGGAACGACAGCGGAGUCCAGGCCUGCUUCGAUCGAUCACGGGAAUACCAGCUCAACGACUCCGCUGCGUACUACCUGAACGACCUGGACAGGAUUUGUGAAGUAAACUAUGUUCCAACUCAGCAAGACGUGCUACGUACUCGUGUGAAAACCACCGGGAUUGUGGAAACUCACUUCACCUUCAAAGAUCUCUACUUUAAGAUGUUUGACGUCGGAGGUCAGCGCUCUGAGAGAAAGAAGUGGAUCCAUUGCUUCGAGGGAGUCACAGCGAUCAUUUUCUGUGUAGCGCUCAGUGAUUACGACCUUGUCUUGGCUGAGGAUGAGGAGAUGAACCGAAUGCAUGAAAGCAUGAAGCUUUUUGACUCCAUCUGCAACAACAAGUGGUUUACCCUCACCUCCAUCAUCCUUUUCCUCAACAAGAAGGACUUGUUUGAGGAGAAGAUUGGCCGGAGUCCUCUCACUAUCUGCUACCCCGAGUACACCGGUGGAAGUUCAUACGAUGAAGCUGCGGCGUACAUCCAGUGCCGGUUUGAAGACUUGAACAAACGAAAGGACACCAAGGAGAUCUACACCCACUUCACCUGUGCCACAGACACCAAGAAUGUGCAGUUUGUGUUUGAUGCUGUCACUGAUGUCAUUAUCAAAAUCAACUUGAGGGAGAUCGGACUUUAUUGAAACUCAAGCUGUUGUCCAGAGAGUUUGGAACACCAGGCGUCUUGGAUGUCUUAUCUACACAAAUGGAAAAUAGAACACAACCCAUCACCAUGCUUCAGAUUACAUGUCAUUGAAAUUUGGAACCCACUUACUAUAAGAUGGCCUUUGGUUGAAAAAAGGUUUAGCCUCCCUGUAAAGGUAAUGUUAGGCUCAAUGCAAUUCUUGUCAUUUUUUUAAAUAUAUUUGAUCUGCUACCACAGGUGAGGACACUUUAUGAAUAACAGCACCUCUCUCAUGCAUUUAUGCUCUGAAGAAUAUCUAUCCAUGGACCAAAACGGAUUCUGUUCUCUCCUCUGGAAUGUUGUGUCUCGUCUCUGUUGUAAUUCUGUAUAAAAAAUGUUUUACUGUCACAUUUGUUGCAAUGAUGUAGUAUUGUCCACCUUUAGAUGUAAGACUUUCAUAAUUAAUGUUUUUGCAGUGUGUUGUGUGACAGUUUAAUGUAAAGUUUGUCAUGUUUAGUAAGUGUGGAUCUGGGAUUAGUUUGCUAUUAUCAAGGGCGCUCUUGAUGACAACUUAGUUGCUUUGAUUUGAACAAAAUCACAUUGUCCUGAACAAAAAUAUUUAUUGAGUUAUUACGACAUUGAAAACCUGUCUGUAAAGGGGCAUUUUAUUUUAUUUUAAUUGGAAUUUAAGGAACAGAAAUGUUCAGUUGAAGUCUUAAAAAAAAAAGAUAUUGAUAUUUAAUACUGUGAAUCUCCCCAAGACUUGUAAAUAAAUGACCCAAAAAGAAAAUCAUGUUUAAUUCAUCAUAUGUAUCAAAGGGAUUUUCAAAAUUUCAAACUUUUGUGGAUUUUUCAAAAUUUGAAGAGACCUUUACAUGUGUUCCACUGUCAGAAUUUCUGUUCUUGUUGAGGCCAUUGAAAUAGUUUUUACAAAAAUUAAAUAUUAUUUGAAAGUU